UUGGCAUAUGCCUGUUUGGAAAAUUUAGGGUUCUAGGUACUCUUCCCCAGCUAUGGAGACGAUAGUGGACGAUCUCGGCGCUAGCGAUUCUGGUGGCACCGAUGCCGGGACCGCAGGGUCGAUCAGCUCCUCCUCGCCGCUGGGAGCGGUGUUUGCGUUCUGGAAAGAUUUCGAUCUGGAGAAGGAGAAAGCGAAGCUGGACGAGCAGGGUAUUAAGAUCGGGGAGAAUCAGGACUCGAGCUUGAAGAACAGGCGGAAGCUUGCCGAGAGCACGAGAGAAUUUAAGAAGGCUGAAAACGAGGAGAAGAUCAAGCAAAUUCCUGGGCUGCUCAAGGGAUACCAGGAAGAGGUUGACAAUCUAACCAAGCGUGCCAAGUAUGGCGAGACUUCGUUCCUCAGCAUAUAUCAAAAGCUUUUUGAAGCUCCUGAUCCAGCUCCUCUACUCGAGCAUGCUACUACGUCGACGGCAAGAGUUUCGGAGCUGGAGUCGGAGAACAGGAAAAUGCGGCAAGAGCUGGAAGAGUUUAGGACUGAAGCUGCUCAUUUAAAGAACCAACAAGCCACAUUGCGCAGGCUAGAGGAAAGGAACAGGCAGCUUGAGCUACAAAUGGAAGAAAAGGUAAAGGAGCUUGUGGAAAUGAAACAGCGCAAUCUGGCCGAGGAGAACCAGAAGAUUCUUGAAGUUCUCAAGGAAAGAGAAAGCUCUCUUCAGGAACAGUUACGGGCUGCGCACGAUAGCGUGCAAAGUAUGCAGCGGUUGCACGAGUUUGGACAGAGCCAGUUGUUUGAGCUCCGAGCACAAUCUGAGGAAGAGCGUGCAGCAAAACAAGCGGAACUUACUCUCUUAAGUGACGAGGUUGAAAGAGCUCAAAGCCGCUUAUUAAGUCUUGAGCGAGAGAAGGAUCAUUUACGUUCUCAAUUGCAAGCUGCUGGUAGCCAAGAAGAGGAACUCAAAACAAGGCAAGACAUGGACACGAGUAACACGUUGGAAGCUUCUUUGGACGCAAAGGAAAAGAUCAUCUCCGAGCUGCAUGCGGAACUUCGUAAUUUGGAAUCUGCACUUUCAAAUCAGAAGAAUGAACACAUUGCAGAGAUCAGAAAGCUAAAUGCCUACAUUCAUGAUAAGGAAAACACGCUGCAAAAUUUGCAAAAGGAACUUGCAGAGAGACCUACAUCUAAACAGUUGGAUGAUCUUAGGAAGCAAGUGAAAAUACUUCAGGCGGUUGGAUACAAUUUAAUCGAAACGGAAGACUGGGAUGCUGCAGCGCAAGGACAAGAGAUAAGUAAACUUGAAAGCUUACUAUUGGACAAAAACCGGAAGCUGGAGCAUGAACUUACACAAAUCAAGGUACAACUUUCUGAAAGGAAAACUGCACAAGAUACCGCUGAAGGAAAAAGCAAAGAGUUAGAGGCGGAGGUUGAACGGCAACGAAGGCUUAUUUCAAAACUUGAAGAAGACAUAUUAAAGGGUUACAAUUCCACUGACAGAAGGGCGAACAAGAUAGAUGACUGGGACUUAUCAGACUCAGGAAUUACCGAUCUUAUUGAGCAUGGGCACAACAGUCAAGCAGCGGGAAACCAGUUUCAAGAACCAAACUCCAUGCUGGAAGUAAUCUGUAGCCAGCGUGAUCGUUUCCGCCAAAGGCUAAGAGAAUCAGAAGAGGAGCUAAGACAAACAAGGGAUAAAAACGCUGUCCUUUUAACAGAAUUAAACAAGUGCAAGGCGGACAACUUAAAGCUGUAUGAGAAAAUACGUUAUAUUCAAGACUAUACGAAGGAACGUCCUCUUUCUAGAGGAACCAAGAAGAAAAUCGAUGAUCUGGAAGGUGGCAUGGUCUCAGAUAUUGAAUCGAAGUACAAGAAAAUUUACGAAGAUGACAUAAACCCUUUCGCUGCGUUUUCAAGAAAGGAAAAAGAACGGAAGUACAAAGACCUGGGGAUUAGAGACAAAAUUACGCUUUUAAGCGGACGCUUCUUGCUCGGAAAUAAAUACGCCCGGACGUUUGUUUUCUUCUAUUCUAUCGGACUGCACUUGCUUGUUUUUGCAAGUCUAUACAAGUUUUCAUCAGUCAGCUAUCACAAUGUUACCAAAGAUGCAAGCUUUAGAACCGAAAUGUUAAAGAACGCAUCACAAUUGUCCUCCCCAGAUAACCCCCUACAGUAGUAGACUUCUCGGUUUGUAAAUAACGGUUCUUCCAAAUCUUGACGAUGUUCUCCUGCUUCGAUAGCAAGCCAAAGGUGCCUCAAAGCUAAGUGUCUGAAUUAGUUCGACAUACUUAUGUUUUUUUUUUCCUUUUUGUUCAGCAUAUUAAGUACUGCCGUAUGCUAUACUCUA